AAUGCAAAUCAUUUACAACUAGUUUAUACACAAAACCUUUACUGUAGAUGAAUUUGUCACUUUCUCAUUUCAUGAAAAAGCUAAGAUGACGAUUACUUUCACCAUGUAAUAUAAAGAGGAUAUUUCAUUAGUAACCAAUAAUAACAAGUGAUAGGCAGCCUAUUUAUACAACAAUUUUUCUCAAACCAGACCUUAUACUUUCCCAUGAUUCUAUUUUUCAUGGAAAAUAAGAUUAUAAUUUUCUCUCUUCUUCUUCUCCUUCCUAUCUUAGCUCCCUGUGCAGAGAGACAGGUGUAUAUAGUAUACUUUGGAGCACACAAUGGAGAGAGAACAUUGCAGGAAAUUGAAGAAAUCCACCGCUCUUACCUGUCGUCUGUGAAAGAAACCGAGGAAGAAGCUGAGUCUUCUCUUCUUUACAGCUACAAGAACAGCAUCGAUGGCUUCUCUGCAGUACUCUCUCCGGAUGAAGCCUCAAAACUCUCUGAAUUGGAUGAAGUGGUGUCUGUGUUUCCAAGCCAACCAAGAAGGUAUUCUCUACAGACAACAAGAUCAUGGGAAUUUCUUGGUCUGGAGGAGCAAUUCAGCCAGUUUAACAAAGAAGAUAACUUGUUGUUCAAAGCCGGAUAUGGCAAAAACAUCAUAGUUGGCCUCUUGGACAGUGGCAUCUGGCCAGAGUCAAAAAGCUUCGAGGACAAAGGGAUGGGACCAGUUUCAAAAUCAUGGAAAGGAAUCUGCCAAAGAGGAGAUGCUUUUAACUCUUCACAUUGUAACAAGAAGAUAAUUGGGGCUAGAUAUUACCUCAAAGGCUAUGAACACAAGUAUGGUCCUUUAAACGCUUCAAUGGACUACCGAUCUCCCCGUGACAAAGAUGGGCACGGCACUCACACAUCCUCUACUGUUGGCGGCCGGAGGGUCAAGAAUGUGGCUGCCCUUGGCGGUUUUGCUGGUGGCACUGCCUCUGGCGGGGCACCACUAGUACAUCUAGCCAUGUAUAAAACUUGCUGGCCAAUUCCAGGCCAAGGCAAAGAAGAAGGAGACAUAUGCCUGGACGAGGACCUGCUAGCAGCCAUCGACGAUGCCAUUGGAGAUGGCAUUCAUGUGCUCAGCAUCUCCAUCGGAGGGAACUCAGUUAUACCUUACACUGAAGAUGGAAUAGCCAUUGGAGCACUCCAUGCUACAAAAAGCAAUAUUGUGGUGGCUUGCGCUGCUGGUAAUGAAGGCCCUGCCCCCUCAACAUUGUCGAAUCCAGCACCAUGGAUCAUCACAGUUGGUGCUAGCAGCGUGGACCGUGCAUUUCUGGCACCUCUUUUUCUGGGAAAUGGAAUGAAAAUCCAGGGACAAACAGUAACUCCAUACAAGCUUGAGAAAAGAUUGUAUCCGCUGGUCUAUGCAGCAGAGAUCGUGGCCCCCAGUGUACCAAAGAAUCAUAUUGCCGGGCAAUGCCUUGAUGGGUCACUGUCACCAAAGAAGGCCAGAGGGAAGAUAGUGCUGUGCUUGAGAGGAAAUGGAAGCAGAGUUGGAAAGGGCAUGGAGGUGAAGAGGGCCGGUGGCAUUGGCUUCAUAUUAGGAAACAGCCCAGCCAAUGGUGCUGAGUUGAUAGUUGAUGCACAUGCUCUCCCUACAACUGCAGUGACUUCAGAUAAUGCAAUCAAAAUUCUCGAUUAUAUCAACUCUACCAAGAAGCCAACUGCAUAUAUUGCCCCAGCAAGGACUGUGCUACACUGGAAACCAGCACCUUAUAUUGCUGGGUUCUCCAGCAGGGGCCCAAAUGCACUCACCCCGGACAUUCUUAAGCCUGAUAUCGUGGCUCCAGGGCUGAAUAUAUUAGCAGCAUGGAGUGAAGGAUCUUCAACCACAAAAUUAGCUGAUGAUGUUCGGGUGGUUAAGUAUAACAUUCUUUCUGGAACUUCUAUGGCCUGCCCUCACGUGGCGGCUGCAGCUGCUCUUCACAAAGCUAUACACCCUACUUGGAGCAGUGCUGCAAUAAGAUCUGCCCUUAUAACCACUGCAGGAGUAAGGGACAACAUGGGAAAACCAAUAACCGCAGCAUCAGGCAAGCCAGCUAAUCCUUUUCAGUUUGGGGCUGGUCACUUUAGGCCGACAAGAGCAGCGGAUCCUGGACUGGUGUAUGAUGCCUCCUACACUGAUUACCUUCUCUUCCUUUGCAGCAUUGCAAUUAGUGGUCUGGAUAAAUCAUUCAGGUGCCCAGAAGUGAUGCCCACAACAAACAACCUGAAUUACCCAUCCCUGGCAAUCUCCAAGCUCAAUGGCACAGUGACUGUGGAGAGAACUGUGACAAAUGUUGGCGGUAGCAAGAGCUUGUACUUGUCUAGGGUGAAACCGCCCCUGGGAUUCUCUGUAAAGGUGUCUCCUCCUAUCUUGCUGUUUCAUCAUGUCAACCAGAAGAAAAGAUUCAUGAUAACAGUUAAGGCAGAGAAAGAAAUAGCAGGCACAAUUGGCAAAAAUGAGUAUAGAUUUGGAUGGUUCACUUGGACGGAUGGAGUCCAUGUUGUCCGCAGUCCCAUGGCAGUGUCAUUGGCAUAGCUUCUUGUUUCUCUUGUUUUGCUGAAGAAAUUAUUGAAGGGAUUGCUGGUUGAUGUCCUGAACGAAAAUGAUUCAAUGAAUUGCUUAAACUUUUGUUA